GCAGUGCGCCAAUAAGGGUGAACGGAGAGAAGAGCUGCUCUCUACACACUGGCACAUGAAGAUGAGGAGGAAAGUCGCGGCGUUCCUCAGCCUCAUGAACACGCUGUUAGCGUUAACGGUGCGCUGAUCUGCUUUUGACCUUCACUCAUAGAUGGAAGCACAAGGAAGAGUCAGGAUCCACUUGUCACAAGACGAAAUCGAUCUCUCAUAGCAAUGGGGAAUAGUGCACCCAAACCGCUUACAGGAGAUGCAAACCUACAGCACCGCCCUGUGGCUAGCCGCCAGUAUUACAUACUUCCUCAUGGCACAGUGGAUAGGCGAUCAUCUGCGUUGGCUGUUAAUCUGGAGUCUCCGCGCUUUCACCCUCACACCAAGGGCAAGAACAUUCGUCUGGAUGCACAGCUGCGACGUGCCACACGCAAAAACAGCUUCUGCCAUGGCCUGACAUUCAGUCAACGGCCCAUACGUCUCUACGAGCAGGUGCGAUUGCGGCUGUCAGGGGUACACUCAGGCUGGAGCGGCGCACUACGCUUUGGCUUCACCAGUCUAGACCCAGGUGAGCUUGCCUCAUCUGAGAUCCCUAAAUACGCUUGCCCAGACCUGGUGGCACGGCCUGGAUACUGGGCCAAGGCUCUGCCUGAGAGACUGGCUGCGAGGGACAAUGUGCUGGCUUUCUGGGCCGACCGGCAUGGACGUGUCUUCUACACGGUGAACGAUGGCGAGCCUGUACUGUUCCAUUGUGGCCUGAGUGCUGCACGUCCACUCUGGGCAAUCAUAGACAUCUACGGCAUCACACAGGAGGUCACACUGCUUGAAAGCACGUUUGCUGACAGUACAAGCUGCCUGAGCGUGGCACGUCUGAGUGCCUACCUGCCUCCAAGCAACCAUGACUCAGCCAACUAUAGCAACAACCAGUUGGAGAGCAACCAGGCUGCAAAAAUGGCUGCCUUGCACCUCAGCAGCUCCACACAGCUGAGCCCAUGCUGCUCCACCUCUUCCUCCUCAUCCUCUUUCAGUGUCCAAAGGUUACCCUCUACCCGUGGCCUUCCCUCUACACUUGAUGCUGACCUGCGCUUUCACCCGGUGCGUGGUGCGGAUGUGCUUCUGUCCAGUGACCGUGCGAUGGCCUGCGUCCACUCCCCAGAUAGUAUUCGGACUUUGGUGUUCAGUGACAGGCCCAUAAGACUUGGUGAGACUCUGUUUGUGGAGGUGAGUCACAUGGGCCCACCUUGCCUUGGCAUGCUCCUGUUUGGCAUGACUUCAUGUGACCCGGGCACAUUGCAUGCUGCAGAGUUGCCCGCUGAACCCGAUGCUCUCCUCGAUCGUAAGGAGUACUGGGUGGUGCACCGUGGGCUACCUGCAACUGCACCUGGUGACGUGCUCAGCUUCACACUUCUGCCUGAUGGAGAGGUGCAUCAUGGGAUUAACGGGGUAGCACGUGGACGCUUGCUGUGUGUCGACUCCUCUCAGGCUCUUUGGACCUUCUUCGCUCUGCGUGGUGCCAUCUACCGACUCAGGAUAUUAGGAACACUGCUGGCAAGUCCAUCCACCUCUCCCUCUGUAUCCCAUGGCACAGCAUCUGAUGACAGUGACUCUGACCUAACUUUUAGUGUCAACAGAUCCUCAUCUGCCUCUGAGUCCUCGCUGGUAACAGCCCCCAGCUCUCCUCUGAAUCCCCCCGUCUCACCCAGCCUCACCUUCCCAGAGACUCCACUGAUCAGCAAGUGUGGUGAAUGCACAGUGUGCUUCGAUCAGGAAGUGGACACUGUCAUUUACACAUGUGGACACAUGUGUCUCUGUCAUGAGUGUGGCCUCAAGCUAAAGAAACAGAUCAACGCUUGCUGCCCGAUUUGCCGGAGACCCAUCAAGGAUGUGAUCAAAACUUACAGGCCAUGAGAAGACACAAAACUCUAAAAGCAGCUGAGAUCCAGCUUUUUAUUCUGAACUGAAUUUGAUUUCAGUACUGUUCUGUAGCUUUGACUCUUGUAGCGUAACCUCACUUUGUGUCCCCAACACCAAUUCUACCACCCGCCCCGACCCCUAAAAAAACACCACUUCCGAGGCCCAAUCCAGAGGCAGUGGAACAACGCGAGGUUUGUCUGAUGCUUGCUCAAGCAUUUAUCAGUGCCUUUGACAUUUGUCUCUAAAGCAUCGCCUACCAACCUGACAAUCAUAUUUGAUAAAAUGAGGUAUACAGGAUAUAUGACUUUUAUCAGAUGGACACUAAGAGGCUUCUUUGAGUAAUGAAACAGAUGUAAACAGAUACAAAAUUUAUAAUUAUUUUGGUUUGAUAUUUUAAAAAUAAAUGCGUUCCCAAUUGUGGAAAAUAAUAAAUGAAAUCCAUUCAUGUGUAUAGUGAAAAAUGAGAGGACAUUUAUUGCACUUAACUAAGUAAACUAUAUCUGCAGAUAGAUAGCCUCUGAAGACAUUUCUCUAAAAAAUAAACAAAAAAAAAACAAAACAAUGGGGGGCACGGUGGCUUAGUGGUUAGCACGUUCGCCUCACACCUCCAAGGUUGGGGGUUCGAUUCCCGCCUCCGCCUUGUGUAUGUGGAGUUUGCAUGUUCUCCCCGUGCCUCAGGGGUUUCCUCUGGGUACUCCGGUUUCCUCCCCCGGUCCAAAGACAUGCAUGGUAGGUUGAUUGGCAUGUCUGGAAAAUUGUCCGUAGUGUGUGAUUGUGUGAGUGAAUGAGAGUGUGUGUGUGUGUGUGUGCCCUGCAAUGGGUUGGCACUACGUCCAGGGUGUAUCCUACCUUGAUGCCCGAUGACACCUGAGAUAGGCACAGGCUCCCCGUGACCCGAGGUAGUUCGGAUAAGCGGUAGAAGAUGAGUGAGUGAGGGUUAUUUUAUUAUUAUGGCUGUAUGAUGAUGUGAAUGUUAUAUGAACAGUAAAAUUCAUUCUUUUACUGGAGAAACCCUCCAACAAGUUUUAACUACAGAGUACACAAAAUACUAGAAGCAUGUUCUCUGUAGGUCAGACUUAAUUUUAAUGUCUUCAGAAGUAAUCAACAUAUCUCUAGCCCCUUUAGUAACAAUCUUAAGGAAACUAAGGUUCUUCAAGAGUUAUUUAAGGGUUUAUUUGAUAAACAAUGGUUUUAACGUACUAGGCUUCACUCAGUCAUAGGAUUAUGCAUAUAAGUGCAAGUCAAAAUGGUCAUGAACAUGAGCUUCUUACCUGUAUUUGUGUCAAUCUGAACAGCAUUAAAUAUCACAUAUCUGCAUUUGCUGAACAUAUGCUUAGUGUACGUGUGACUGUCACCAGAUUACGUGAUGUGAUUUUAUAUAAAUACCUUGACAAUCUUACCUUGCUCCUGGAGAUAACUAUCUCUAGAAUUCACCCUAAUUCAUCAAGUUUUGUUAAAUUAGGGCUUGAACUAGACAAAAAUUAAAAUGGAUAAAAUGAACACUGUUAAUAAUGUUCUCAGGAAAGUGUUGACAUGCACACUGCUUAAUGUAGUUCAUUUACACAAUGUGUUUGGAUAAACUGUCACUUUUAAAUAAGUCUAGAUCCACCUGUACCUGGCCGAUCAGUAGCAAAUAAACAUUUUUUUGCUUGUGAUAUUUAAA